AUGGUACAAUUAUCAUGGUUCCCCCUGUUCCGAAACGUUCAUGAAAUCACAGGCCUGAAUAAAUGCGCAUUGGCCCGGCCCGACCCGACCCGUCCUGUCUGCUCUCAGUCUUCUUCGAAGAAAUUUGUUGCAGCUAAAUGGCCCUUUGUUUCACAGGAAAGUUGCGCUAGAACCUCACUGGUUUUGCACUGGAAUUGUGAGUGGUGGCUUCAAGGCUGGCAGUGUCAUCAAGUAACAAUGCUUGCUAGGCAAUGGUUGAGAUCCGGCCUGCGAACAUGGUCCGCAGCUCGACCCAUGCUUGCACGCGGAUUUGCAGCGGAGGCAGAGGCUCCUGCUGCGGAGGCAAUUGUUCCGGAAACUUUUAAACAGGACUGGAAAAAAGUUGCUCCAAAUUACGAUUUGCCACAUUUCCCAAGCGAAUACAUGGCUGCUCGACCUUCAGUUCCCACCACCUUGCCCACCAAGCUCACGGUGAAUUUCGUGCUUCCCCACGAAUUUGAGAUGCAGGCCAAGGAGGUAGACAUGGUCAUUGUGCCAGCGACAUCAGGGCAGAUGGGAGUCUUGCCCGGCCACGUCCCAACCAUCGCAGAGAUGAAGCCUGGAAUCAUGUCGGUUCAUGAGGGCACUGAUGUGAAAAACUAUUUUGUGAGCAGUGGGUUUGCUUUUGUGCACGCCAAUUCCGUUGCUGACAUUGUUGCAAUUGAGGCAGUUCCUUUGGAUAGAUUUGACCCCGAAGAAGUGAGAAAGGGUGUCCAGGAAUACACUCAGAAGGUUUCUAAUGCAAAGGAGGAUUUGGAGAGAGCAGAAGCGCAAAUUGGCCUCGAGGUACACAGUGCUUUGCAAGCAGCAUUAGGCGCUACUGCAUAAGAUUUUGUUGAGGUUCACUCGACGAAGUUUUGAAAAGAUUGCAAGCCUUCCAGUAUUUCUACCCCUUUCCCUUGAGAUUUUUCGUCUCUUGCUUAAUAAUAAAUAAUAAUGAGUAGUGCCUCUGAGUUAGGUAUGUUGUUUUGAUUCCUGAAA